GAGUGAUGACAGUCCCAACGCAGUCACAUUUAGUCAAGGAAUAAGUCACUUUCACCUCUGUCAUAUAAUCAAGUGAUCCAGUUUUACUUGCAGACAUACACCAAGGCGCGACUUCAGACCAUGCGCUCUAUGUGAACAGCUGCGCAAAGACGCACAGGCUGAAAGACAUUUGACAGCUCACCAACGGGACUUUGGAGUGGACAUGUGAAGAAAUGGAUAUGCAGCCUCUUCAUAUGAUCAAAAUGCGAUCUGACAUCAUCGUCGUCCUCAUCCUUACUGCUGUGAUUGUUCCCCUGUGCACCUCGCAGUCAGUGUGUCCUGGCACUGAUAACAAGCUCAGCACGCUGUCAGAUUUGGACCAGCAGUACAAAACUCUUCGCAAGUUCUACGAGAACUGUGAGGUGGUCAUGGGUAAUCUGGAGAUCACCAGUAUUGAAAGAAACCGCAACCUGUCAUUCCUCAAGUCCAUCCGUGAGGUGACGGGUUACGUGUUGGUGGCUCUGAAUCAGUUCGACUAUCUUCCUCUGGAGAACCUGCGGAUCAUCCGUGGCACUAAACUGUAUGAAGGACGCUACGCUCUGGCCAUCUUUCUCAACUACAGACGAGAUGGCUACUUUGGCCUUAGACAACUCGGCCUCAAGAACCUGACAGAAAUCCUGAAUGGAGGCCUGUAUGUGGAUCAGAACAAGUUCUUGUGCCAUGCUGACACCAUCCACUGGAAUGACAUCAUCAAGAACCCGCGGUCUGAACUUCUGGUGGUUCCUUCCAACAACAGUGGCAACUCAUGCAGACGGUGUCACAGAUCUUGUAAUGGACGUUGCUGGGGUCACCAGGAAGACCAGUGCCAAAGCUUGACAAAGACGGUGUGUGCAGAGCAGUGUGAUGGACGCUGUUUUGGUCCGUACGUCAGUAACUGCUGCCACCGUGAAUGUGCAGGAGGCUGUACCGGACCCAAAGACACGGACUGCUUCGCUUGUACCAACUUUAAUGACAGCGGGGCCUGUGUGACACAAUGUCCUCAGCCAUUCUUCUACAAUCCAACAACCUUCCAGCUUGAACACAAUCCCAACGCCAAAUACACCUAUGGAGCUUUCUGUGUCAAGAGAUGCCCACAUAACUUUGUGGUGGAUCACAGCUCUUGUGUCAGAGCCUGUCCGAGCAACAAGAUGGAGGUGGAGGAAAAUAACAUCAAGAUGUGCAUCCCGUGCACUGACAUCUGCCCGAAAGUGUGUGAUGGUAUAGGCACCGGCAGUCUUCAAACAGCUCAAACUGUAGAUUCCAGCAACAUUGAUAAGUUUGUCAAUUGCACCAAGAUCAAUGGCAACCUCAUCUUCCUCAUCACAGGCAUCAAAGGGGACAUGUUUCAUGGUAUAAAAGCUCUGGACCCUGAUCGGUUAAAUGUAUUCCGCACCGUCAGAGAGAUCACAGGUUUCUUGAACAUCCAGUCUUGGCCAGAAAACAUGACAGAUCUUGUUGUUUUUUCAAACCUUGCCACCAUUGGAGGACGCUCUCUUUAUAGUGGUAUUUCUCUACUGAUCCUGAAGCAGCGCUGGAUCUCUUCACUGAAGUUCCAGUCUUUGAGAGAGAUCAGCGCCGGUAACGUCUACAUGACCAACAACAGCCAGCUCUGCUUCUACAACACAGUGAACUGGACCAGUCUGUUCCGCACCAGCACCCAGAGAGCUCUGAUCAAGAACAACAGGGACCCCAGAGAGUGUACUAACGAGCAGAUGGUUUGUGAUCCGUUGUGUUCGGAGGCAGGAUGCUGGGGUCCCGGUCCAGACCAAUGUCUCUCAUGCAAAUACUUUAGUCGAGGAAGGACAUGUGUCAAGUCCUGUAACUUAUAUUAUGGGGAUGUUCGAGAGUACGCCAAUGGCUCGCUUUGUGUUGAGUGUGACAGCCAGUGUGAAAAAACAGGAGAGAAAAGUUUGACCUGCCAUGGCCCGGGUCCAGAUCACUGUCUGAAGUGCUUGCAUCUCAAAGAUGGACCCAACUGUGUAGAGAAAUGCCCUGAUGGUCUGCAGGGAGCAAACAGCUUCAUCUUCAAAUAUGCUGAGACCAACAACGAGUGCCAUCCCUGCCACCCCAACUGCACCCAGGGUUGUACUGGACCCCGGGUACAGGAUUGUGUUGGCAUGUUGGACAGGACUCCUCUGAUUGCAGCUGGGUUAAUCGGGGGUCUCUUUGUAAUGGUCAUCAUAGCUCUGGGUGUGGCCAUUUACAUCCGCAGAAAGAGCAUUAAGAAAAAGAGAGCUUUACGUCGUUUCCUAGAGACUGAGUUGGUGGAGCCAUUGACGCCCAGUGGUACACCACCAAACAAGGCUCAGCUGCGUAUAUUGAAGGAAACUGAACUUAAGAGAGUCAAGAUUUUGGGAACUGGAGCCUUUGGCAUGGUCUAUAAGGGAAUCUGGGUUCCAGAAGGGGAAACGGUGAAGAUUCCAGUGGCUAUAAAGAUACUCAAUGAAAGUACAGGACCUAAAGCCAAUGUGGAGUUUAUGGAUGAGGCAUUGAUCAUGGCCAGCAUGGAGCAUCCUCAUCUAGUGCGUCUUUUGGGGGUCUGCUUGAGUCCCACUAUUCAGCUGGUAACUCAGCUCAUGCCCCACGGCUGCCUGCUGGACUACGUACAUGAACACCAGGAGAACAUCGGCUCCCAGCUGCUGCUCAACUGGUGUGUGCAGAUUGCAAAGGGUAUGAUGUACUUGGAGGAGAGGCGGCUGGUGCACAGGGACCUCGCGGCCCGUAACGUCCUGGUAAAAUCUCCGAACCACAUCAAGAUCACUGAUUUUGGACUUGCUCGACUGCUGGAUGCUGAUGAAAAGGAGUAUAAUUCAGAUGGAGGCAAGAUGCCCAUUAAGUGGAUGGCCCUGGAGUGCAUUCAUUACAGGAAGUUCACACAUCAGAGUAAUGUAUGGAGUUAUGGGGUGACUAUCUGGGAGCUGAUGACGUUUGGAGGAAAGCCCUAUGAUGGGAUUCCCACACGUGAGAUUCCAGACAUCUUGGAGAAGGGCGAACGUUUGCCCCAGCCGCCCAUCUGCACCAUAGACGUCUACAUGGUGAUGGUGAAAUGCUGGAUGAUUGAUGCUGAUAGUCGGCCUCGGUUUAAAGAACUCGCUGCAGAGUUCAGCCGCAUGGCACGAGACCCUCAGAGAUACCUCGUCAUACAGGGGGAUGACCGCAUGAAGCUGCCCAGCCCCAACCACAGUAAGUUCUUCCAGAGUCUACUGGACGAGGAGGAGCUGGAUGACCUGAUGGACGCUGAGGAGUACUUGGUUCCUCAGACCUUUAAUAUCGCUACCUCUUCUUAUACAUCAAGACCACCAAUGGAUACCAGUAAGACACAACUGAGGUGUCGUGAGAGAGUUUUUAGCCCAGAAGAUGGGAUGGGGGCUUGCUCCCAUGAAACUUCUGGAUCAGGGAGUGGCGUCUUCAUCCCUGGAAGCACACAAGGUGCGGGUCUCGACGCCCUUGAGGAACAACAGUGUAAUGGGAGUUUGAAGAAACAGCCCAUGUCCGGCUCAGGAGACGACUGCGUUAUACAACGCUAUAGCGCUGACCCAACUGUCUUUCUCGGAGAGAGGAAUCCAAAGACCACUGAUGGAGAUGGUUUCAUGAGCCCUAUGAACAAGUCAUCAUCAGACCAUCUUAGUCCUGUUGAGGAGAAUCCUUUUGUAAACCAAAGGAAAAAUGGAAAUAUUAAUGCACUGGACAACCCGGGUUACCACAGCACCCCUGAUAGGAAACCCAAGGGAGAGGAUGAGUAUAUCAACGCACCCCUUUACCUAAACGCAUACAAUAACAGUAGUGGUACAAACCAGGAGAUUAUGAGGAAAAAUGGAGCUUCCAUCCCGCUACAGAUGACAACAGCAGCCAACACCGCAAGUAGCCACGUUAUCCUCUCAACACAAACUGGGAAAGCCCACCACCAUGGCCAGGGAACACAUGUUCAUUUUGCCGUUCCACCUGUUCAGCCCCCCCAAACCAGACCGAUGAGCCAAAAUGGCCAGCAUUCCCAGUCGCCACAUGGUGCCGAAUCCAAUUCCUCUAGCAUGUCUGGCAAUCCCUCCUUGUUAACCCAAAUCUCCCUUGUCAGCCAACAGAUCCAACCUUGUCCUGCGAGUCAGUCCGGCUCUUCAACUCAUCCGGCUCAAGUGGUAAAAUCGGCAGUCACUAGUAAAAGUAUAUUCGGCCUUCCAGGCCACCUUGUCUAUCCAGGUAACAUGCUUCAAGCGGGUCAUACUGGGACUGUAAUGGCCGACAGUAAGUCGAAGAAGAACUUUGAUUAUGCUGACUACUGGCAGCAUAGUCUACCGCCCAAGGUGACUCAGCCAAACCCUCAAGACCCAACGCAAGUGUGCAAAAGCAAACAUCUCUACAGGCACAGCAUCCGAAGUCGCAUCGCCGUGGCUGACAACCCUGAGUAUCUUUCUGAGUUUAACAAGAGACCGGGAACAGUUCUGCCACCUCCACCGUACCGGCACAGGAAUACGGUAGUGUAACGACGCAGUUCUGGAGAGCCAGAUUCUCCUACCAGCACCGUACGAUUAAAUGGAAUUACUUUAAUUAAUGGAAAACUCCCAACUUCAGGAAUUAAGGAUGGAGACUUAUCGGAUGUUAAAGGGAACACUGAUCAACCAAAGUGCCUCUAAACUAUUCCAAAAGCUAUUCCAUCUUUUCUAUUCCAAUAAAUCAGAAUGUAACCAGAUGUGCAUCCUUUAAAGGGAUAAUUUAACCAAAAAUGAACAUUCUGUCAUAAUUUAUUCUCUGUCAUGUCGCUCCAAACAUACUUAUGUUGAAACACAAAUGAAGAUAUUUUUAAUGAACCCUGAGAGAUUUUUGUCCUUCCACUGAAAGUC